GCAAGAUUAAUGUUAUUUAAUCACUAUUUGAUGCGUUAAGUUUAUAAAGUUAAAGGAAUUUUAGUGUAUAAAAGAAAAAAAUGUCGAAAAAUAAAUUUGUUCAUAAGCAAUCGGGAAGUUCUUUAAUCGAGAGCUCGCUAAUUGAGAUAAAAUCAAAGUUUGAUGCAGAGUUUCGAAGAUGGUCGAUAAAGAGAAAUCCAGAAAAUCCUCAUACAUUUGAUGACUUUUAUUCAACAAUUGAGCGUUUCCACAAAUUGACUGGCGUAGCAUUUCUCAUUUCAUAUAUUGAUCCACGCGAUAAUGAUUUACUACCGAUCAACAAUGAUGAUAAUUAUCAUAGAGCAUUAACGACUGCACGUCCUUUAAUGAGAAUUAUAAUACAGAAGAAAGGAGAUAGCUUCGAAGAAACUAUGGGAUAUGGGACAUUGAGACCGAAGAAUCUUAUAAGUAGUUUACUUGGACAGACGCCUGUUAAAUCCAAAACAUUAGCCAUUUCUAAUCCACACGAUUUUCGUCAGGUUUCACAAAUUAUUGAUGUAGAUAUUGUUCCUGAAACGUGUCGACGAGUUCGUCUUCUAAAGCAUGGAAGCGACAAGCCUUUGGGUUUCUACAUUCGUGAUGGGACUUCGGUAAAAGUAACUGCAAAUGGAAUUGAGAAACAACCUGGAAUUUUCAUAUCACGAUUAGUUCCUGGCGGUUUAGCCGAGUCCACAGGUCUUUUAGCAGUAAAUGAUGAAGUUUUGGAAGUUAAUGGAAUUGAAGUGCACGGCAAAACUUUAGAUCAGGUCACUGAUAUGAUGGUAGCAAAUAGCUCCAACUUGAUAAUAACAGUUAAACCAGCAAAUCAAAGAACGUUGGCUACACCAAGACGAGGUUCAUUCUCACGCAACAGCCAAUUAUCUUCUGGAUCACAUCAAUCACAUCACACAAACAAUACAAAUACGUCAGACGAGAAUGAUCAUGAUGACCAAGAUGAGGUAGUUGACUUAACAGGUAUUGGAAGUUUGGAAGAAAAUAAUCUUGUAGUGAAUCAAAAUGGUGUUUUACAUUUAUAA